AAAGGAAGGAUGGCAGAACACGAAAGCCUGGAGUAUGGAAAGGCAGAUUUUGUGCUUUUGGACAAUGUGUCUAUGGAAGAAUUCAUGGCGAACCUAAAACUCAGGUUUGAGAAGGGGAGGAUCUACAGCUACAUCGGAGAGGUGGUGGUGUCCGUCAAUCCUUACCGAGCCAUGAACAUCUACGGCCGUGAGGUCAUCGAGCAGUACAAGGGCCGCGAGCUGUACGAGAGGCCGCCGCAUCUCUUCGCCAUCGCUGACGCCGCUUACAAAGCCAUGAAGAGGAGGAACAAAGACACUUGUAUCGUCAUCUCAGGGGAAAGUGGAGCAGGAAAGACGGAGGCCAGCAAGUAUAUAAUGCAAUACAUUGCUGCUAUCACCAAUCCUAAUCAGAGGGCUGAAGUUGAAAGGGUAAAAAACAUGCUGCUAAAAUCCAACUGUGUCCUGGAAGCCUUCGGGAACGCCAAGACCAACCGCAACGACAACUCCAGCCGCUUCGGCAAGUACAUGGACAUCAACUUUGACUUUAAGGGGGAUCCCAUCGGAGGUCACAUCAGCAACUACCUGCUGGAGAAGUCCAGAGUCAUUUCCAACAGGAAGGAGAGAGGAGCUUCCACUCAUUCUACCAGUGAGAAGAGGAAGCUGCAGGUGAACAUCACAAGUCCCAUCCAGUGCAGCAUGAACGGCAGGAAGUGCACCGUCAUCGUCGAGCCCAAGAUCAACCAAUCGCAGCCGGACUUCACCAAGAGCCGAUCCGAGCUGCUGAUAAUUGAGAAGAGGAAGCUGCAGGUGAACAUCACAAGUCCCAUCCAGUGCAGCAUGAACGGCAGGAAGUGCACCGUCAUCGUCGAGCCCAAGAUCAACCAAUCGCAGCCGGACUUCACCAAGAGCCGAUCCGGUUACAUCCUGGCUGUUCCUGGAAACUAA